CGAGUCAUCCCUCUCAUUGCUCCUAUCUACUACUGUGUUAUGGCUGCUGCUGCUGUAAUUUUCAGAGACCCAUAAUCUCCCGUCUAUCCCUCCAAAAAUACCCAUUCAGAGAUUAAAAAAAGCCAUGGCCUUCAACAGCAGAAACACAAUCUCGGAUCAGAGGAGGGAAAGAAGCGAAGCUGCCCAUUUUGCUGUUUGAUGUAUGGAUACCCUCGUCCGUGAUCCUUUCUAUCACGAUGUCCCUCCUUUCUUCAAAAUGUCCAUGAAAGAGCUUCUGGAAAGCAAACACCCUACUGCAUGGGUUGAAUUUGAGAAUGGGCUGAUUGAUGAGAACGAGCUAGAGAGGAAAUUCUUCAAAGAUGGAAGAACUUUUGAUCUGGAAGGUCUCAAGGAGUGUAUGACAAGAGGAUAUUCGUACAUAGACGGCAUGGAAAAUUUGCUUCAUUGUCUUAAACAAAACAAUUAUGAAGUGCAUGCUUUUACAAACUAUCCUAUCUGGUCAGUUUAAGUUUGCUUCCUUCACCUCUUGGCUAAAUUUUCUCACUUGUCGUCUGACGUGUGAGAGAUAUGUAGGUACACAAUGAUUGAGGAGAAGCUAAAACUCUCAAACUAUUUGUCCUGGACAUUUUGUUCAUGCAAAAUGGGGAAAAGGAAGCCUGCUCUAGAUUCAUUUAUGGAAGUUGUGCAUAGUCUUGAAGUUGAGCCAUCAGGCUGCAUCUUUAUAGAUGACAGGAUUGGGAACAUCGAAGCAGCUAAAGAUGCAGGCAUGGUUGGGUUACAUUUCAAGGAUGCAGAUUCUCUUAAACAUGAUUUGUUUCAUUUAGGGGUUGAGCUGCAGAUUGAAACAAGCAACACACGGUAGAAAAUAAAAGAGAUUUAAAAGGUUGGCGAUUCUUCAACAAUUUUCGCAAUUUAUCCACUAAACCUUGAAUCAGUGUGAUAUGUAGGCAUAAUUUAUGCUAAAAUUUCAGUCACAAUGUAUAUAUGUACCGCCUGCAUUCUUGGUACUUAUCCUUGUGAGAGCAUUUUAAUAGUUAUAAAGGAAAUUUUUCUUUAAAGACCUACACUUUAUUGAAUAAAGAAUAAUUAAUCUACAAAAAGGAUAACGCAAAGGAUGCAGAGCUGAGAGAAUAAACUAGAAAUCUGCAUUUUUGGGUUUGCUUCUAUACGUCAAUUGAUGCAAGCCACAAAAUCCAGCAUGCAUGAAGCGCUCCUCCUCUAUCUUCUUCAGUCUGGAGCUUUGAGUUGAAAGGAUGCUCAUUGUUUUUUCCCCUCUUUAUUUUAUUUUAUUUUCUUUUCUUUUCAAAUGAGCCAAUCUUUUCAAGAGAAAUGAUUCUUGCUGCAUUAUAUGUAAGAAUGUUACUAGUUGUCUAUUUUAUUGGAAGCUUUGCAAUUAAAGAUAA